AUGAUGAACCUCUACACCUUCCUGUUAAUUCUAACAGACUGGGGCACCCAAAACUAGCUUCGCUUCUCACUUAUGUUCCUCCACUUGAUUGCUCCAUUCUACACAGUGCUGCUUGCUAUUAACAUCUACGAGGUACAAAAAUGGCUUUACUUCCUAAACUAACCAGUAGUAUUUGUUUCCUAUCUGCUUUUGAUCGCUGAAGUUACCACAUUAUGCAUAGGCUAUCUGUAGUACAUUAGAAUAGAGAGUUCAUUUAUGAACAUAUUUUAAAAUUACAUAAUCAGCAACACUGUGGCUGUGUUUUUACCCUAUAUUUUCUAAGUUGCACUUAUGUAAUACACAAUAAAAUAAGCUUAAAGAUAAUUAGGAAGCGAUGCAAUUCUAAGUACAGAUAGAAGAACAGUGUCAUCUGAAAUCAGACUAAAAUAACAAUUUAAUGUGGAAUAGAAAUUUGGAAUAAUAAGGAAGAUAUUUGAAGACAAGUAAAUUAUGAACCCAAUUAACCCAGAGGAGAUAUUUACUUGCCAAGAUUUGAUUGAUGACUACAAGGUUUGCAGGAAAGAGAAAAGAUUUUAAACCUAAAAAAAGUAAAAUAUCAGAAGAUGCUUUGAUUAUAGAACAAUGGCAUUCAAAUGUUUCAUGAUGUAAGAGGAAGAUUUUGUGGAUUUAAUUAUUGAAAAGUAUGAAGAAAAGUAAAGACUCAAUAAAUUCUUAGAAGAUGAAGGAUCUGUCCUAGCACCAUCUUUCAAAGAAAAAAACCAAGUGUUCAGAAUCAGAAAUGUCACUGGAUAGGAAAUGCAAUGA